AUGAUGCCUACCAACAUUAUUCAGCAAUUUAAGCAAUUACUACAUAACAAAGAUGUAUUUGGCGUUUUUCACAGCAAGACAGGAAAUUUCAGUACCAUGGAUAACACAACUCAAGAACUGGAUGGUUUUACAAAUUUGAACACUACUAUAGUUUCAGCCCGCGCUUUUGACCCAUUUGAAGCAAUGUUCGAGGAAGGUGACAUUACUACCCUGAAAAUGAUUAAAACAGGGAUCAGAAUAUUUUUUUCGUACUCGGUAAGUAAGUAUGCUGCUCUAUGUUUUAGUACCGCCAUUAUGUUGAAUAGGCUAACUGUAAUGUCCUCGUUGAGGUCAAGUUCUAACAGCAUUCGUUUACCUCUUUGGUCAAAAACUAUGCUUCAUUCAGUGGCCAUAACGUCACUGAUUAACGUACUUUUACAACUUCUGGGUGCAGUCGGUUUCUUACAGGAGCUGUACGUGCGUAAUAUGGAUUCGUAUGCCCUAAGUGUUUUCUUAUUCACAGCUUUAUCUGAUUGUAUUGAAAGUUUCAUUUCUUCAACCACAAAUGCUCAUUCUUUGGUGUGCUCUGAUUUUUCUAUAUGGGGUCUCUCAUUGAAUCUUUAUAUCAUAUCCAAAGUGCCAGCAGGGCAACAACAUAUAGGCGACAACGUUGAACUUCUAGGAGCAGUUUCUCACAGGCUAGUAAUCCAUUUGGUAGAAUUACUUCAUAUAAGAGCCUAUAGAUUAUGUGCAGAUGUUAUAUUGAAUGUGGGUUUCUUCAUAACAUGCAUAGUCAGAACUUAUCUUAACGGGCUAGACUUUGUUAAUAUCUGUCUUAUUCAUAAUUACUUCCCUAGUUUUUUUUAUAUUUCCAUUUUAUUGCUGGCUUCCAUAGGCACUUUCUUGAAGGCCUUAUUCACAGGUAAUUUAUUCCAAUCUCUAUACUCAAAAUAUAAGAAUUUAACAAAGUGGUGGAAGUCAAACAACUACAAUGGAGAAGAGGAAUUCAAUAAAGUAGCUCUUUCAUUGUGCUUGUAUUUAACAUCAAGUGACCACGAAAUACUUAAAAAAUCAGAUAACAUGAAAAUCGCUGAUGAGAUUUCCACUUUAAAUAAUAGCUACAUGGUUAGUGGAUAUUUAAACCAGUUACAAUCGACACCCGAGGACCUGCUAUCUCAUAAGGAAAUUACUACCGUUUCUCAAUUACCUGGUUUCAUUAACACAUAUCUAGGUUUUCUAAAGUUAUUAAAAACCAUGGCGAUGGAGUAUUCGGGGCUAUUAAAGAAUAUUAUAUGGAACGAAAAUUUGAGGAAUAACAUAAAUCAUAAACCAGAAGUGAAAAAACGUAGUAGGAGAGACUUUAACAGAUAUGUAACGGAAAAGAACUAUAAAAAGUUCUUAUAUAAGCCCGACGUCAAAGAACUUGAUUCCGAAAGUGAUCUCAAACACCGAGAGCUAUUGCUUCCUGAAGAGGACACAUCAAAAGAUUACUUCCCUCCCAAUGAUAUCGAUGACAGUAUUUCAGACGAAGAAUUUGAUGAUGAUAGUGAAAGUCAAACAAUUAUGGAGGAAGAAAAAGAGUUAACCCAUUUAUCGAGUAACGCUGUCGAUUUAGAUGAUUUAAAGGAAAUUGCCUGGAACGUUUCCAUGUGGUCCAUUUUAAACUAUGAAAUGGAUGAGCAUAACAAGAUAGGGAGACCUUUAACAAGAGCACAGUAUGGUAAAAAAAAUUCGGAUGGUGUACUAGUCGAUACUGUUAUGGAACGUCUUCUGCAUCACAAAAAUUCCAGCUAUAUAUACAAACGUUUAGAUAUUAAUGAUGAUGAGAAAUCGGAGUUCAAGUUCGAUUUUCCGCUGGAUGGUUGCGACGAAAUAGAGGAUAUUAAUCUUUCCUGCCUAACCUGCAGAGUCAACAAAAGAAAUAUCGUAACUUGGCCGUGUAGAUGCCUUGCAUUGUGUGACGAAUGCAGGAUAUCGCUUGGCUAUAAAGGAUUCGCUGCAUGCGUCAGCUGUGAUAGCGAGGUAAAGGGUUACAGUAAGAUUAAUAUAGUUUAG